AUGGAUGACAGGUGCUACCCAGUGAUCUUCCCAGAUGCACGCAAUUUCCGCCCCUUCACUUCUGAUUCUCUGGCUGCAAUUGAGAAGCGGAUCACCAUCCAAAAGGAGAAAAAAAAAGCUAAAGAGAAGACAGGGGAUGAACCCCCACCUCGGCCUCAGCUUGACCUGCGGGCUUCAAGGAAGUUGCCCAAGCUCUAUGGUGACAUUCCCUGUGAGCUGAUAGCAAAGCCCCUGGAGGACUUGGAUCCAUUCUACAGAAAUCAUAAGACAUUUAUGGUUCUGAACAAAAAGAGAACAAUCUACCGCUUCAGUGCCAAGCGUGCCUUGUUCAUUUUUGGGCCUUUCAAUUCAAUCAGAAGUUUUGCCAUUAGAAUCUCCGUCCAUUCAUUAUUCAGCAUGUUCAUCAUCUGCACCGUUAUCAUCAACUGUGUGUUCAUGGCGAGAUGUGGUAGUAAGGACAAUAAUAGCACAGAAACUCACAGUGCCGAGUUUGUCUUCACUGGAAUUUAUAUUUUUGAAGCUCUGAUAAAAAUAUUGGCAAGAGGUUUCAUUUUGGAUGAAUUCUCUUUUCUUCGAGAUCCAUGGAAUUGGCUGGACUCCAUUGUCAUUGGAACAGCGAUUGUAUCAUAUUUUCCAAGUAUCCGCAUCAACCUUUCCUCACUGCGUAGCUUCCGAGUGCUCAGAGCUUUGAAGGCCAUUUCAGUAGUUUCAGGUCUGAAGGUUAUUGUUGGAGCCUUGCUGCGUUCUGUGAAGAAACUUGUCAAUGUGAUGAUCCUCACCCUCUUCUGCCUUAGCAUCUUUGCCUUGAUAGCUCAGCAGCUCUUCAUGGGAGGCCUGAACCAGAAAUGUAUCAAGAAAGACUGUGAUAGAGAUAACAGUAAAGCUAACGAAUCUUGCUUUGAAAAGAAAGAAAAUUCCACUGAAUUCAAAAUGUGUGGCACCUGGAUGGGUAGCAGAAAUGCCUGUUCUGAGCAAUUUGAAUGCAGCCACACCGACUAUAAUCCUGACUAUAAUUAUACGAAUUUUGACCACUUUGGCUGGUCUUUUCUUGCCAUGUUCCGGCUUAUUACCCAAGAUUCCUGGGAGAAGCUUUAUCAACAGACCCUGCGCACCUGUGGGCUCUAUUCAGUCUUUUUUUUUGUGGUGGUCAUCUUCCUGGGCUCAUUCUACCUGAUUAACUUAACCCUGGCUGUCGUCACCAUGUCUUACGAGGAGCAGAACAGAAAUGUAGCUGCAGAGACAGAGGCCAAGGAAAAGAUGUUUCAGGAAGCCCAGCAGCUGCUAAAGGAGGAAAAGGAGGCUCUGGUUGCCAUGGGAAUUGACAGAAGUUCACUUAAUUCUCUUGAAGCAUCAUUGUUUUCCCCUCAAAAGAGAAAGAUCUUUGGUUAUAAGAAAAGGAAGUCCUUCUUUUUGAGAGAGUCUGGGAAAAAUCAGCCUCUAGGAUCAGAUUCGGAUGAAGAUUGCUCAAAAAAGCCACAUGUCCUAGAGCAAACCAAACGACUGUCUCAGAAUCUGUCGCUGGACCACUUUGAUGAACAUGGUGACCCCUUACAAAGACAGAGGGCACUGAGUGCUGUUAGCAUCCUUACCAUCACCAUGAGGGAACAAGAAAAGUCACAGGAACCUUGCCUUCCAUGUGGGAAAAACCUCGCAUCCGAAUACCUUGUGUGGGAAUGUAGCCCCCAGUGGCUAUGCAUUAAGAAGGUCCUGAGAACUGUGAUGACUGACCCCUUUACUGAGCUGGCCAUCACCAUCUGCAUUAUAAUCAACACUGUCUUUUUGGCCAUGGAGCAUGACAAUAUGGACAACAGUUUUGAAAAUAUCUUGAAUACAGGGAAUAUGGUUUUCACUGGCAUUUUCAUAGCAGAAAUGUGCCUAAAAAUUAUUGCACUCGAUCCCUACCAUUACUUUCGCAGAGGCUGGAACAUUUUUGACAGCAUUGUUGCUGUUCUGAGUUUUGCAGAUGUGAUGACCAAUAAAUCUUCAAAACCAAGAUGGCAAUUCUUGCGUUCCUUCAGAGUGCUGAGGAUUUUCAAGUUAGCCAAAUCCUGGCCAACUUUAAACACACUAAUUAAGAUAAUCGCCCACUCUGUUGGAGCCCUUGGAAACCUGACUGUGGUCCUAGCUAUUGUGAUCUUUAUUUUCUCAGUAGUUGGCAUGCAGCUUUUUGGCUCUACAUUCAAGUCUGCAAAGACAGAAGAACCCUGUGACACUACUAACCCAUGCCCACGGCGUUGGCACAUGGGGGAUUUCUACCACUCUUUUCUGGUGGUAUUCCGCAUCCUCUGUGGGGAAUGGAUUGAAAACAUGUGGGAAUGUAUGCAAGCAAAUGGAAUACCAUUGUGCAUUAUUGUCUUUGUGUCAAUUAUGGUGAUAGGAAAACUUGUGGUACUCAACCUCUUCAUUGCCUUACUGCUCAAUUCCUUUAGCAACGAGGAGAGAGAUGGUAACUUAGAAGGAGAAGCCAAGAAAACUAAAGUCCACUUAGCCCUGCUUCGGUUCCAUAAGGCUUUUUGUUUUGUGAUACACACUUUUGCACAUUUCUAUCGAAGAUGGUGCAGGAGGCAAAACUCACCAAAGCAAAAAGAGAUGAGAAGAGGUCCUGCUACAGAGAGCAAAGAUGUCAUUCCUCUGGUCACAGAGAUGAAAAAGAUCUCAGAGACCCAGGAAUUUGGUAUACUAACCUCUGCACCAAGGACCUUGGGCACUGGGCAUGAUCGGACUUGGCUGGCCCCACUUGCAGAGGAAGAAGUUGACAUUGAAUCUCCUGAUGGAGAAAAUGCACAGCCCAUCACACAGCCUAAAGCUGAAAGACAGGCUUACGAACUCCAUCAGGAGAAUAAGAAAUCUGCCAGCCCAGGAGUUCAAAGCGUGGAAAUCGACAUAUUCCCUGAAUUUGAACAGAAUCCCCCAAAGAAGUCUGAUGCCACCAGUAUGCUAUCAGAAUGUAGCACCAUUGAUCUGCAGUGGCAAUUUCAGUUACCAGAAGUGGUUCCCAAAAGGGAACCAGAGAGAUGUUUGCCCAAAGGCCUGGGUUGCUCCUUUCCAUGUUGUGGAAUGGACAAGACAAAGUCCCCCUGCAUCACUUGGUGGAACCUGCGGAAAACCUGCUACCAAAUCGUGAAACACAGUUGGUUUGAGAGCUUUAUUAUCUUUGUGAUUCUGCUGAGCAGUGGGACACUGGUAUUUGAAGAUGUUUACCUUAAAGAAAGACCCCAAAUCGAAGCACUACUAAAUUGUACUGACAAAAUUUUCACACAUAUUUUUAUUCUGGAGAUGGGUUUGAAAUGGGUGGCUUUUGGAUUUACAAAAUAUUUCACCAGUGCCUGGUGCUGGCUCGACUUUAUCAUUGUAAUUGUCUCUGUGCCCAGUCUCAUUGACUUAAAGGGGCUGAGGUCCUUCCGGACUCUACGAGCACUGAGGCCUCUUCGAGCACUAUCCCAGUUUGAAGGAAUGAAGGUGGUGGUCAAUGCUCUCAUAGGUGCCAUACCUGCUAUUCUGAAUGUUUUACUUGUCUGCCUCAUUUUCUGGCUCAUAUUUUGUAUCCUGGGAGUAAACUUCUUUUCUGGAAAAUUUGGAAGAUGCCUUAAUGUAACAAAUGCAAUUGAUAUUUCUAUUAUUGCUGACAAAAAUCAAUGUGUGAGUCACAAUUACUCCUGGCACAAUUUGGAAGUCAACUUUGACAAUGUGGGGAAUGCUUACCUGGCUCUGUUGCAGGUGGCAACCUUUAAGGGAUGGAUGGAUAUUAUGUAUGCAGCUGUCGAUUCCGGAGAGAGAGAACAACAGCCAGUAUUUGAGAAUAAUUCACUCAUGUACCUUUACUUCGUGGUUUUUAUCAUCUUUGGCUCAUUCUUCACUCUGAAUCUCUUUAUUGGUGUUAUUAUUGACAACUUCAACCAACAACAGAAAAAGAUAAGUGGCCAAGACAUUUUUAUGACAGAAGAACAGAAGAAAUACUAUAAUGCAAUGAAAAAAUUAGGAUCCAAAAAACCUCAAAAACCUAUUCCAAGGCCUCUGAACAAAUGUCAAGGUCUCGUGUUUGACCUAGUCACAAGCCAGGUCUUUGACAUCGUCAUCAUAAGCCUCAUUAUCCUAAACAUGGUUAUCAUGAUGGCUGAAUCAUAUAACCUAACCGAAGACACAAAAACCAUCCUUGAUAAUCUCAACCGGGCUUUUGUGGUCAUCUUUACAAUAGAGUGUCUCAUCAAAAUCUUUGCUUUGAGGCAAUACUACUUCAUCAAUGGCUGGAAUUUAUUUGAUUGUGUGGUUGUGGUCCUUUCUAUUGUUAGUACAAUUGUUUCUGAGUUGGAACAGAAGCUCAUAAAUUUCCCUCCGACGCUCUUCAGAAUUGUCCGCUUGGCUAGGAUUGGCCGAAUCCUGAGACUUGUUCGGGCAGCCCGAGGAAUUAGGACUCUCCUCUUUGCUCUUAUGAUGUCUCUUCCCUCUCUAUUCAACAUUGGUCUUCUACUCUUUCUGGUGAUGUUUAUUUAUGCCAUUUUGGGCAUGAACUAUUUUUCCAAAGUGAAACCAGAGUCUGGAAUUGAUGACAUUUUCAACUUCCGAACUUUUGGCAGCAGCAUGCUCUGUCUCUUCCAGAUAACCACAUCGGCAGGUUGGGAUGCCCUCCUUAAGCCCAUGCUGUCAGAAAAAUCUUGUAAUUCCUCUUCAGAGAACUGUCGCCAUCUCCGUGCCAUAGCCACAACCUACUUUGUCAGUUAUAUCAUUAUCUCCUUUCUUAUCGUUGUCAAUAUGUAUAUUGCUGUGAUUUUAGAGAACUUCAAUACAGCGACUGAAGAAAGUGAGGAACCUUUGGGUGAAGAUGACUUUGAAAUAUUCUAUGAAGUUUGGGAAAAGUUUGACCCAGAAGCAACCCAGUUUAUCAAAUAUUCUGCCCUCUCGGACUUUGCUGAUUCCCUUCCUGAGCCUUUGCGUGUGGCAAAGCCAAACAAAUUUCAAUUUCUAGUAAUGGACUUGCCCAUGGUGAGUGGAGAUCGCCUCCACUGCAUGGAUGUUCUCUUUGCUUUCACCACUAGGGUACUAGGUGAUUCUGAUGGCCUGGAUAGCAUGAAAACAAUGAUGGAGGAGAAGUUCAUGGAAGCCAAUCCUUCCAAGCAGUUAUAUGAACCCAUAGUCACUACCACCAAGAGAAAGGAAGAGGAAAGAGGUGCUGUUAUUAUUCAAAAGGCCUUUAGAAAGUAUUGGAAGACGGCCAAGGGUGACUUGGAAAACAGGCCCCAUUUGCCACUCCAGACUCUUUGCAAUGGAGACUUGUCUAGCUCCGGGGUGGCCCAGGGCAAGGUCCACUGUGAUUGA